AUGUUUCCGUUUUUCAGUUACUUUAACUUCUUCUUCUUCUCCUUUUUCUAUGUGGCCCUCUUUCUUUGGCGCCCUUGCUUUACCGCGAGGAUCGUGCCUGAAUCCGUAACCGUAAUAACCUCGGAAACGCACAACGCCACGUGGCACGACUUCUCAAGGUUCCUGCACGCCGAAAGAGGGAGCCAGGUCAGCGGCAUGUCAGAGCUCAAGAAGUACUUCAACCGUUUCGGUUAUCUCUCUCCGCCCGAAACGACGCCGAAUUUCACGGACACCUUUGAUACCCAGUUCGAGUCCGCCGUUUUACACUAUCAGAAACGGCUUGGCUUGCCGGCCACCGGAAAGCUCGAUUCCGAUACCAUAUCAACGAUUGUGGCUCCGAGGUGCGGCGUCUCCGAUACAGCGACGCAUAGAAUACACGCCACCCGUCACUUUGCUUACUUCAACGGCAAGCCACGGUGGGUUCGUGGUUCUCCGAUGACUCUUACGUACGCUUUCUCCCCGUACAACAUGAUCGACAGGCUGAGCUUAUCGGAAAUCCGAACGGUUUUCGAGCGUGCCUUUGCGCGGUGGGCGUCGGUGAUUCCGGUGAGUUUUCAGGAGACCGAGCUGUACGAUUCGGCGGAUAUUCGGAUCGGGUUUUACCUGGGCGAUCACGGUGACGGAGAGCCGUUUGAUGGUGUUUUGGGGGUUUUAGCGCAUGCUUUCUCCCCCGAGAAUGGGAGAUUCCAUUUGGAUGCGGCUGAAACGUGGUCCGUUGAUUUUGACCAUGAUGAGUCAAGGGUGGCCGUUGAUUUGGAAUCUGUGGCUACGCACGAGAUAGGUCACGUGCUUGGUCUGGGUCAUACAUCGGUGAAGGAAGCGGUGAUGUACCCGAGCCUGAGCCCCAGGACAAGGAAGGUGGACUUGAAGAUUGAUGACGUGGAGGGAGUCCAAGCUCUUUAUGGCUCCAAUCCCAAUUUCACCUUUGGUUCUUUGUUGCAAUCUGAGGAUUCUUCCAAUCUUGCUGUUGGGUCCGUAACCCAUUUUUCUAAAUGGACCCUCUAUUCGGCUCUUGCCUCGUUGAUAUUAUUUUUAUGUGCUUAG